AAAAGAAAAACAACCCUCUUUUAUCAUUAAACCAACAAUAACAACAACUACAGCAAAUAAGGCUGGCUGGAUUCUUCUGGUUCUCGUUUAUAACUAAAAUAACAACCACGAAAAAUUAAACAAAAAAAAAAACAGCGCGUAAAACAGAAUAAAAAUAUAUAAAUUAUAAAUGUUUUUGUGUAAAUGUAGAAUAUAUUUUGUUUAAUUUAGUCUGCAUCACGUUUAAAUUAACAAAAAAAUCAUGUUAAUUUUACAACUUUGCCCUUAAAAACAUUCAACUCUGUGUAUUUAUUAUUAUUAUAUUCACUUCGUUGUCUGUCGCUCAAAUUUAAAGAAGAAGCAGCAGCAGCAGUAAACAACAACAACAUCAACAAACGAGAAUCAAAAAAGUUGUAAAAAGUUUUGUUAUUCUUCUGUCUUCACUGUUGUGAGUGAUGUUUGUUGUUGUUUUUGACCUAAAAAAGUAAUGCCAACAACAACAAAAGUCGUAAAAGAACAAAAAGAAAAAACAAAAUAAAUGUUGUUGUUGUGCCCUUUGCCUAUAGUGAGCACAAAGUAAGAAAAUAACAAAACAAAAAAAAUACAAGUGAUGUUUGUGUGAGUUUGAGAAAAAUGAGUGAGUAAAACAGCAAAAGGCAAAAUAGUAAAUAUACACAAGUAUGGUAAACAAAUUUUGAAUACCAUUUUGUUGUUGUUGUAUUUAACUUUGGAUUAAAACAAAAAUUUUGAAGAAAAAAUAACCAAAAAGAACUUAGAAACAGCUUAGCAGCAGUGUUAAACGAAGAAGAAGCUUUUUUUCUUCUACAAAUUUUGGCGGCUAUGGCAGGAAAUCUAGUAAAAUGGUGGAAACAUAAAAUACUCGGUGGUUAUAAACAAUUCUCAGUCCAAGAAUGUACCACCGACUCGGAGGAGCUAAUGUACCACCAGGUGCGUGCCUCAUCCUCAUGCAGUGCUCCACCCGAUCUAUUGCUGGUUAGUGAUCGUGAAAACAAUAUACCGUUACGUUCACCGGUUGUCAAUAUAAUUGGUGCAACAACAGCACCAGCUACCACAACCACAUCACCAUCAUCCGGCUUAAAUGCGUGCCACAUAACAUCUGCCAGCAAUAACAAUCAGAGGCAUAAUCAAAAGUUGCAACAUCAACAGCAGCUGCAGCAGCAUCAUCAUCAUGUUACAACACAACAGCUGUCACUGGCAUAUAACGGUACAAAGGAUAUUGGUGGUAAUAGUGGUAAACAUCAAAAACAGUCUGUUGGUAUUGGCAGUAGCCAUAGUAAACAUGGUCAACAACAGCAACAACAACUACAGCAAGAUUGCCAGCAACAGACGGCGGCACAUGAUAUUAUUGAGGGACAGAUGGAAACACAAACCAAUAGCCACUCCUCAACGCGUCACGCACAUCAUACGCAGUCUCAGCAGCAGCAGCAUCAUCAUCAACAGCAGCAGCAACAGCGCUCAGAGGAACAUAUACGUUUAGAGGAAUUUACGUGCGAUGUUUCAGUAGAGGGUGGCAAAUCAUCACAACCCCUGCAGUUUUCCUUUACCUUCUACGAUUUGGAUGGUCAUCAUGGCAAAAUCACCAAAGAUGAUAUUGUGGGCAUUGUUUAUACCAUCUAUGAAUCGAUUGGCAAGUCGGUGGUGGUGCCUCAUAGUGGCAGUAAAACUAUUAAUGUGCGUCUCACUGUUUCGCCCGAGGGUAAAUCAAAGUCUGCCAAAAAUAAAAAACCCACCUCCAGUGCGGUAGUUUUAGAUUCAACACAAAAAUCUGCUCCCCUUGGCUCGGCUUCGCAAGCGGCUCGUAGACUGCAUCGUUAUAGGCCCCGUAAACUUAUCAAAUCAGACGAAGAGGACGAUGAUAGUAAUAGUGAUAAAGAGCGUGAUAAUACAGCUGUAACCAGCUCCAAUUUGGCACAUGUUUUGGCCCAUAAAGCAGCCGCGAAAAGCCAUAAACUAAACAAACUUAAAACGGAACAUCAAUGUUGCCCCCCAACCCCUUUACAACCUACUAACACAGAUCUAGCCAAUUCACCACUGGAAACUAUUUAUGAUAAUAUUAAGGCGACAACAACUUCAGUUACCACACCCGAGGCCUGUCGAGAAUGUCUAGCGGCAGUGGAUGAAAGUCGCAAUGCAGGCAUCUCACCGACACAAGCACAAUAUCCCGCCAACACCAAGUCGUCGAUCACAAAUGAGGCUUAUAUGAAACAUGUGGCUUCUACGCGCAUAAAAAUGCUAAGGAAAUCGAGGAAACAAAAGCAUCAAGACUGCAUGGAAACUAGACAACGCAGCUUGUCGGUGGGCAAUGAGACCUGCUGGAAGAAUCGUCAUCUACAAAAACAGCCCACACAACAGCAAUUGCUUUGGCAUGCCGAACAGCAAUUGCAUCAUAGUGGUGGCGACAUUGUGGAUGGUGUGCAAUUGCGUAAUCCACUAAAGGGUGGCAAAUCGUCAACAGGUGCUCAGAAACGUAAUUCGGCUGAGUGCUGGAAGUCAGCCCUUAAUCGCAAUGAUCUUAUAAGUAUUAUAAGGGAGAGUAUGGAAAAGAAUCGUUUGUGUUUUCAGCUGAAUGGAAAACCCCAAGCAAACGUGAGCCCCAUCAGACAUUCGCAACCACCAACACCACAACAACAACAAACACAUCAUCAACAGCAUCUACUCCAGCACCAGCAGCAGCACAACAACAGCACCAACACCACCAACAAACAUUCGCAGCAACAAACAUCAACAACACCCACAAGUUCACAGCGCCAACGCUCAAAUACAGUAUCGAAAAUUCCUACAUUAAUUGCCAACCACAACAAUGCACACUCAGUCAGUCCGCAUCAGUCACAUUAUCCCAGCGCCCAUCACCGCUCCAGCAGUUGUGCAAAUACCAUCAGCAGCACCAGCAACAACAACAAUAUUCCACACGAUACAAGUCUGCACGAACAGCACAACAACACAAAUAGCAGCAACAAUAUCUAUCUUCAUCCCCAACCACACAUUCCCAUCUAUCAUCAACAUAUGGCCAUUAAUCCGGCCGUUAUAGCAGCUCACAAUGCCCUACUCAGUGCCGGCAAUAGCAGUGCCUCAGCGGCGGCCGGACAUCAUGGUAAAAUGAAUCUCUGUGGUUAUGACUCAUUUCUGCAUGCCACCAUUUGUGGUGGCGGCUUAAGUCAUUCACCACCAGCCCACUCAUCUCUAGCCGCACAAAUAACGAGUCCCUCAGCCGUAACUAGUGGCCAGCAACAAAUAGCCACCGUGCAGCCCAUUAUGUCUUCGAACUCACCAAAUACUCCCAAACACUUGAGUCUGGCGGUGACACCUAAUCAAAUAAAAACCAGUAAAAUUUUACGCAGUGGUUCGUAUGCCCAAAAUCAUCAUCAGCACCAAUCUCAAACCCAUGCAAAUACCACCCAAAAUUCUCCCCAAUAUCAUGGCUAUCAGCGACUGCCCUCUUCCUCCAAACACAAUUUGGCUGCGUUGCAUUUGGUCAGUCCGACCAUGGAGAAACCCCAGUUAGAUCAAUUGGACAAGUGGCGGCGUGAUCAAGUUAAAAACUAUGAUCAGUUAUUGUAUGCCAAACUUAGUGAAAAAUUGCAGCAAACGAAUUUAGUGUCCUCGGCCAGUAAUGUCAGGGAAAGUAAUCAAAGACGCAAACAUCGCGUAAUGAGACAAAGACGCCCCCAAAAUUUAAUAUCAGAAGCGAAUAAUGUCUCUUUAAGUCCCAAACUAAUGGCAAACAAAAUUUGUGCAAGAGAUGACAACGAUUAUGCCAUCAUGAUGCCCCUAGCAGCUGACCCCGUGGAAUGUGAAAAUCUUUUGGGUCAAACCAGUGAUGAAGAAAGUCAUUCACAACAUGAAUCUGCAAUAAAGUGUGCAGAACAGUUAAUGGAAGAUGCCGCCUGCAACAGACAUGUAGCCGAGGGUACUUUGGUGGAUUUAGAUGAUGUGGAGGAUGAUGAUGACCCCAGCCUAGCGAAACUUCCCCUAAAUGCCGAUACUCUACUCAGCGUUGAGGGCGAUCUACACGACCUCCAUCUGGAUGAUGCCCUAGAAAUAGAGGAGGAUUUGGAAGAAGACCUCGACGAUGAACUAGAGGAAGUUGUGGGUAUGCAAGAGAGUGGUCGCAAUAGUGCAGUCAGCAAUGACAGCAACAAUGCAGGCGCCACAUUGGCCAAUACAAAUAAUGCGGCUAACACAAGUACCACUUCCUCCUCGCUCAUACAUCGUUAUGUGCAUGAGCACAUACAUCAUCAUUAUCAUCACUUCGAAGAGAAAGAAGAAUGAAUGAAUGAAUGGGCAGAAUGAAUAUGAAUAAUGUACUAAACUAAACUCAAACCAUUAAUUUUUAAAUUUAUAUUUAUCAGCAAAGUAUACAAACAAAAUAUAGAGUAGUUUUUUUUAUUUU